GUAUCUCUAAAUAGGCCAGCCCUACCCGACCAUGGCACUCCCGUGAGAGUGACAAAAGCCAUUGCCCCCUCAUCUGUGGUCACUCACUCCAUCCAUCACCAUAUUCACCAAAAGCAAAAAAUAAAAAACCUGUCUUAUCCUACGCACUCUCCUCCUGUUUUAUCCUACACCACAGUACCACACCAUUCUCUCUUCUAGCUUCUCAAUCUGUUUAGGUCCCCCCCCACCCGGCCACCCCCUACCUCCGCCUUACCCCACCACACUUUCUCUCUCCACCCUCUAAUUGUGGGGAUACCCUUAAAACAGAUGACCGUUAAUGCCCAUUUCUUGAAUUUCUCCGUUUGUUUAUUGCCCUGUAAUUUUAAGACCCCCUUUUAAAAGUUUCAGGGAUACUUUGAUCAUCCUCACAUGGUCUGAUCUGUAUUAUUCAUUAUAAUUUAGAUCUGGGUUUUCGCCAAUAAAGAUAUUUUGACACCUCAGAAAGGAUCUUCAUUUUCUUAUGGUGGGAGCGUGAAUGUGGGAUAAUAAUUAUAUAUAUGAAAGCCUGCAAAUUAUUAUUAUCAUGUGCAUUUGAUGAAAAGUUCACCAAUGUCGUCUAAUUUGGGUAGUUUGGAUGGAUGUAUUUGAGGCUGUUCGAGAAUUACAUAGAGAUUUAGCUGUGGAUACCACAAGAAGACCACUGGUUCCGGCUGAGAAAUACAAUGGAAUCACCGCCAACACCACACGCCGGUCCCGGACCAGAGAAGUUAGCUCUAGAUACAAAUCACCAACACCGCCACCAAAUUCAAAUUCAUAUUCGAAAUCAAGGCGAUGUCCAUCACCAAACUUUACAAGAAAUGUUAAUUCAUCAUCAUUACCAUCACCCCAAUUGGCGUCGGGUCCUAAGAGAGCGGUAUCCGCCGAGAGGAAAAGGUCGUCAACCCCUCCAUCGGUGUCUCGGCCUUCAACACCGGUCUCCGAUACAUCAGCAGAGUCACAGUUAUCUACAAAAAAGGUGAUAGGUAGUAGGUUACCGGAAGUGUUAUGGCCUUCCACAAUGCGUAGUCUUAGUGUUUCAUUUCAAUCUGAUAUCAUUUCAAUUCCUGUUAGUAAGAAAGAGAAAGAGAAACCUGUUACACAUGCGCUUUCAGAUCGUACUUUGAAGUCAUCCUCCAAUGUAGCACAGAGACAGGCCGAGGCAGCUGCUUCGCCGAGGAAAGGGACACCGGAGAGGAAGAGAAGCCCGUUGAGAGGGAAGAAUUCGAAUUCGUCUCAUCAAUCUGAGAAUUCUAGACCUGUUGAUGGUUCGCAAUCGCGGAUGAUUGAUCAGCAUAGAUGGCCUAGUAGAACAGGUGGGAAACUUUCUUCUAAUAUUAUGACAAGAAGCGUGGAUCUCAGUGAUAGAAUUACAAAAAUUCCUAGUUCUUCAAUUCCUAGUAUUGGUGCACCUUCUUCAUUAAGGAGAUUGUCAGCUGACAGUAUUCCUAGACCGUUGCGUAAAACUUCAAGUGAUUCUUCAGAGCAGUCAGAAUUUGAUGAUCAUGUGGGGUCAUUGGGGUUAAGGAGGAAGUCAGUAGAUGAUAGUUUUCUAAGGAUAUCUGCGCGGCAUAAAGCUGUUGGUUUGAGUUCAUCAGAAAAAGCAGCAACAUCAGCUGUUUCUUCAGUCAGAUCUGGGUCAUUGCCUGGAUCACGUUUGCCAUCACCAAGUAGGACCUCUAUAUCUAAAGUUACGCCUAGUCCAUCCAAAACAAGACCGUCUACUCCAACACAAUCUAGAGGGGCAAGUCCGUCGAGGAUAAGGCAGUCUAGUCCCACCAGACAGUCUAGCAGUACAACUUCAGUCCUCAGUUUUGUUGCUGAUAUUAAGAAAGGCAAGAAAACCAACCAAUUGGAAGAGGUUCAUCAACUCCGCUUGUUAUACAAUAGACAUUUGCAGUGGAGAUUUGCUAAUGCUCGAGCCGAGUCUGCUCUGUAUAUUCAGAAAUUUACCGCUGAGCAAACACUGUAUAAUGUCUGGGAAACAAAUUUGGAACUAUGGGAUUCCGUAAUAAGGAAGCGUAUUGAUCUUCAACAGCUGAAUAUGGAGCUAAAGCUUAAUUCAGUACUGAGUGAACAAAUGGCGUAUCUGGAAGAUUGGGCUUUACUUGAGAGAGAUCAUUCUACUUCUUUAAAUGGAGCAAUCAUUGAUCUUGAGGCUUGUACUCUUCGGCUUCCAGUUACGGGAGGGGCAAAAGCUGAUAUUGACUCUUUGAAGGCUGCAAUCAGCUCUGCUGUUGACGUGAUGCAGGCGAUGGGUUCCUCUGUUUGUUCUGUGCUAUCAAAGGUUGAAGGAAUCGAUGGCUUGGCUUCUGAGCUCUCUGACUUGGCAGGAAAGGAGAGGGCCAUGCUUAAUGAGUGUGAGGCUUUAUCAGCUUCAACAUCCGCCAUGCAGGUCAAGGAAUACAGUCUUAUGACGCAGUUAAUACAAUCGCAACAAGAUCAGAAGACGAGGCAACCAUUACUAUGGACGUCUUGAAACUCAUUUCGGUUAGUUCCUGUUGUGGUGCUGAAGCUAACUGUUUUCCCACUUUGCCAUAUUUCUCAGGUCUUACAAAAAAUGUAAAUUUAGUUCCAUCUCUAUUAUUAGGUCAUUUUUUUUUUCUUUCUUUUAUCUAGCGAGAAUUAUAAUUUUUUUGUUAUUUUUCCCCCUCUCUCUGAAAAGUAAGCUGUUGAGCUCUUUUUCCGGCUUUUCGCCCUGCAUGUAAUUUUUGUAUCUCAACAAAAAAAAAAUGGCAAAAAUGAUGGUGAAAAAAAAAGGUAACUUAAAGAUGAAAGGAAUAUAGAAAAGUACAUGCACAGCGUGUUUCCGAAUGCAUCAGAUAGGGAUCUGAAGCUGAAGUGUAAAUGUUACUAAUUAUCUUAACAUUGUUCCAAUCUUUGUUCAGUUGA